UCUGUUUGUAUUGGAGAGAAUACCAGGAUCCAAUAACUUUUGCCAUCUGAACCAAUUCAGUCUUUCAUCUCCUGGACUUCAUCAGCAUGUCAAGUAAACAGAAGCGAAAGCGACUACUCAAAGUUGAGAACCCCAAGGAGUGCAAAAGGGAUUGGAUAAAUUUUAUUCAGCAAGAGCGGGGGGUAGUCCCUUAUAUUAGGAAUGAAUCAGGAGGUCCAAAGGUAAUCCCGGAGGUAGCUAACGAAUCAGAGUACGAGGAAAUCCCCAAAAAAGAUCCAUUUCAAGCUUAUUUGCCUAUCUUGUCCACUAAGGACCAGUACGCCAGCAACCCAAACAAUCGAAAGUGGUUUGGUACGAAGAUAUGGUCAAGAAAUGAACCAAACCAACCUAGCCAAGAGACGAACAACAGUUCGACGCACGAGGGGGAUGCUUGUAAUUGCCAAAUGCCUGGAUCUGUUGACUGUGUUCAUCGUCAUAUGGUGGAGGAAAGAGGAAAACUGAAGGCUGAAUUGGGGCCUGCUUUUCAAACCUGGAAAUUUGAUGAGAUGGGAGAAGAUUCUACUGAUUCCUGGACUUUAGGGGAUAUGCUUAGGUUCAACUCUGUGAUGAAGAAAAGGAACCUUCCCUCAUCAACGCGUAAAACUUUUCUGCAGCUGGCCAGUCAAUUUCUGCCCAACAAAAGUAGAGCAAGCAUAGUCAGCUACUACUUUAAUUUUUACCUUCCCAGCUGGAGAAUUCGCAAGAGAACCAGGUUGAACCGUACUGCGGCUGAAAUUGACACAGACGAUGAUGAUGACGAGGUUAUUGGAGAAACCUCCAAGGCUAAUGGUACCCAGAAUAAGUACUUGACAGGGAAGCGAUGAAACUCACGAGGCAGGGAACAAUCCUCCGAGUGGUUUCGCACAUAACAGGCUGGAAACUGGAUACUUAGUUUGGAGUAUACUUUUCUUGUAUUGUAGUAUAUAGACAGAAUGUCAUACAACUGCCCAUAUUCUCAUAGCAAAGAAGAGAAGUAGUGGCACAUGGACUUUGACACAAGGGUGCAAUUGGUGCAGCUGAUCUUGCCAAUUCAGGAGAAGUACCGGAAUUGUUAUUACUAGAGUUGUUGUACUUGUUACGGCAUUGGUCCAGGAAAUGUAAAUCUUAUGUAGCUGCUUUGCUGGUACGUGUUUUAGUACUUUUCAUUUCUAGCAAUCUUUGGAUGAUACCUUGUGCUUUAAUAGAAUGCCC